AUGGUCAACUUCAGGAACGUUCUCCUGGGCCUCUUGCCCUUCGCGGCCGCUGCGCCCGUCGCCCCGGGCAGCCCUGAUGUUGCCAACAAGUACAUCGUCACCCUCAAGUCUGGCAUCUCGACCGACAACGUCGCCUCCCACUUGAACUGGGUCAGUGACGUCCACAAGCGCAGCCUUGGACGCCGCGAUCUCGCCGGUGUCGAGAAGACCUACGACAUCAAGAACUUCCACGCCUACGCCGGAACCUUUGACGAGUCUGUCGUUGCGGAGCUGAAGAACAACCCUGACGUUGCUGCCGUUGAGCCUGAUCAAAUUUACACCCUGUCGGCCUACACCACCCAGUCCAGCGCCCCCUGGGGUCUCGCUUCCAUUUCCAGCCGCACCUCGGGCGCGACUUCGUACCGCUACGACAACUCGGCCGGCGCUGGCACUUUUGCCUACGUCGUUGACAGUGGCAUCUUGACCACGCACACCAACUUUGGCGGCCGCGCCAUUCGUGGCUACAACGCCGCUGGCGGAGAGUGGGUUGACAGCAUCGGUCACGGUACCCACGUUGCUGGCACCAUCGGCAGCACGACUUACGGUGUUGCUAAGGCUGCCACUCUCAUUGACGUCAAGGUCUUCGUCGGCCGCACGUCUUCCACCUCCAUCAUUCUCGACGGCUUCAACUGGGCUGUGAACGACAUCGUCAGCAAGAACCGUGCUAGCCGCUCCGUCAUCAACCUGUCGCUCGGCGGUCCCACCUCGACUGCUUGGACCAGCGCCAUCAACGCCGCCUACUCUUCUGGCAUUCUCAGCGUCGCCGCCGCCGGUAACGAGAACGUCUCCGCCUCCACCAGGUCUCCCGCCAACGCCCCCAACGCCCUGACCGUUGGCGCCAUCAACUCCGCCUGGGCUGAGGACACCAGCUACUCCAACUUCGGCCCGGCUAUCGACAUCCUCGCCCCUGGCACCAACGUCCUGUCUCUUGGUUACACUUCCAACACCUCCACCAGGACCCUGACCGGUACCUCCAUGGCCGCCCCUCACGUUGCUGGCCUUGCCCUCUACCUUGCCGCCUUUGAGAACAUCAACACCCCUGCUGCUCUCAGGAACCGCAUCGUUGCCCUCGGCACCUCCGGCCGUGCCACCGGUAUCCGUGGCGGCAGCCCCAACCUCAUCGCCUACAACGGCAACGCUUAA